AUGCCACCACCCCUCUACACCAAACCCACCUUCCUCCUCAGCAUCCUCAACCUCUGCGCCACCGGCGGAGCAACCUACUAUCUCCAAAACCAAAUUUCCUACAGCCUCGAAGAAAACGAAGCGCGCGCAGACGAAAUCGAAGGCACCUUGCGAGGACACAUUGGAUUGAUUCAUGAGGCUCAUGAGCGAAUUGAAGCGAAAAUCGGUUCGGCGGGGAUUGGGAAGGGAGGGUUGGAGAAUCGGGAGUUGUAUGAUCAGAGGGGGAGGGAUGAGGGGAAGAAGGGGGGAAAGUAG